UGGGCUGGCGACAGCGACGGCGUCGGAACUCGCUGGAAGAUCGGCCCCGGGCAGCUCAACAGUUCGCGAAGUCCGGGCUCGCGGCCGCGGCUCCAUCUGCGCCCGGGGGCGCGGGGGCGCGGGGGUCCCCGGGCUGCUGCCUCCCAGGGCUGCCCCGGACAUGCCCCGCACCCCCUGCCGGACGCCCGCACGGCUCCACCGGCUGCGAUUCGGGGGGCUCUGGGACUAGAGCACCCCCACCCCAACUUAUGACUUUGGGGUCCCCCAGCCCGAGAGGAACGGGCGGCCCGGCUGGGGGAGCCCCAGGCAUGGUGUGACGGGGCGGCCAGCUUCGCUGCGCCCCCCACUCCAGCCUCCCGUCGUCUCUGCGCCCUCCAGAAUGUAGCUGCUCUCUCUGCGUCCCCCCCGGACUCCAGCCGCAGUCUCCGCGACCUCCGGGCUCCAGCCGCCAACUCCUUGUCCCCCGGGACCUCGCCGCUGUCUGCGCGUUGCCGGAACUCCAGCCGCCGUCUCCGCGCCCCGCGGACUUCAGUUUGGCGACCUCCUCCGUCUUCGCGCUCCCGGGACGCCAGCAGCGGUCUCCGCGAUCCCCCCAGGAUUCAGGCCCCGCUUCCCGGCGCCCCCAAACCCAGACUCUAGCCGCGAUCUCUGCGCUCCCCGGCAUCCAGCUGCCGCGCCCCCCGCGCGCGCCCCGAGUGCGCCCGGGUCUCGGCGGGGAGAUGAACGCGCCGCUGGACGGGCUGUCGGUGAGCUCGUCCUCCACCGGCUCGCUGGGCUCGGCGGCCGGGGCGGGCGGCGGGGCGGCGGGGCUGCGCCUGCUGUCUGCCAACGUGCGCCAGCUGCACCAGGCGCUCACGGCGCUGCUGAGCGAGGCGGAGCGGGAGCAGUUCACGCACUGUCUCAACGCCUACCACGCGCGCCGCAACGUCUUCGACCUGGUGCGCACCCUGCGCGUGCUGCUGGACAGCCCGGGCAAGCGGCGCCUGCUGCCCAUGCUGCGGCUGGUCAUCCCGCGCUCCGACCAGCUGCUCUUCGACCAGUACACGGCCGAGGGCCUCUACCUGCCCGCCGCCACCCCUUGCAGGCAGCCCGACUGGGGCGCCCCCGACGGCGCGGGGCCCGGGGAGGUGCGCCUGGUGAGCCUGCGGCGCGCCAAGGCCCACGAGGGCUUGGGCUUCAGCAUCCGCGGGGGCUCGGAGCACGGCGUGGGCAUCUAUGUGUCGCUGGUGGAGCCGGGCUCUCUGGCCGAGAAGGAGGGCCUGCGAGUGGGGGACCAGAUUCUGCGUGUCAACGACAAAUCCUUGGCCCGGGUGACACAUUCGGAGGCCGUCAAGGCUCUGAAGGGCUCCAAGAAGCUGGUGCUCUCCGUGUACUCCGCAGGGCGCAUCCCUGGGGGCUAUGUCACCAACCACAUCUACACCUGGGUGGACCCCCAGGGCCGCAGCAUCUCCCCGCCCUCCGGCCUGCCCCAGCCCCACGGCAGCGCCCUGAGGCAGCGUGAGGGGGACCGGAGGAGCACCCUGCACCUCCUGCAAAGUGGGGAUGAGAAAAAGGUGAACCUGGUGCUGGGGGAUGGCCAGUCCCUGGGCCUCACGAUCCGCGGGGGAGCUGAGUAUGGCCUGGGCAUUUACAUCACUGGCGUGGACCCGGGCUCCGAAGCAGAGAGCAGUGGGCUCAAGGUUGGGGACCAGAUUCUGGAGGUGAAUGGGCAGAGCUUCCUCAACAUCCUGCACGACGAGGCGGUCAAGCUGCUCAAGUCGUCCCAGCACCUCAUCCUGACGGUGAAGGACGUCGGGAGGCUGCCCCAUGCCCGCACCACGGUGGACGAGACCAAGUGGAUCGCCAGUUCCCGGAUUGGGGACACCGCCACGAACUUGGCAGGGUUUCCUGGAGAUCCCACAGCAGACGGGACGAACAAGCUGGGGUUCUACAGGGGGCCAGUCGGCUCCCAGGUCACGCUGAGCAGCCUGGGGAACCAGACCCGCGUGGCCCUGGAGGAGCAGGCCCGGCACGUGCUCACCGAGCAGGAGCGCGCCACCAUGGCCUACUACCUGGAGGAGUACCGCGGCGGCAGCGUCUCCGUGGAGGCCCUCGUCAUGGCCCUGUUCGAGCUGCUCAACACCCACACCAAGUUCUCUAUCCUCUCUGAUGUGAGAGGCACCAUCUCCCCCCAGGACCUGGACCGCUUCGACCACCUGGUGCUGAGGCGGGAGAUUGAGUCGAUGAAGGCGCGGCAGCCCCCGGGCCCUGGGGCCGGGGACACCUGCUCCACGGUCUCCUACAGCGACACGGGCUCAUCCACGGGCAGCCACGGCACCUCCACCACCAUCAGCUCGGCCAGGGAGCGGCUGCUGUGGCUUAUAGACCUGAUGGAGAACACUCUGGACCUGGAGGAAACUGGCGAGGCCGUCCAGGGCCAUAGGAACGCCCUCCCGGACGUCUCCCUGGAUGAUGUCCGGUCCACCUCCGAGGGGCUGCCUGGCUGCAGGCCGCCGCCUCCCCCGCCCCCUCUGGGCCGAGGCCACGACCACCGCCCGCCGGCCCAGCCGAGGACACCGGGGAGAGAGGACCUGCAGCCGCUUUCCUCUGCGUCCUCCCACUCGGGCAUCGUCUUCUCAGCUCCGCGGACCCACAGCCCGCCAGCGGGCACCGCGCUGGCCUCAGAGGCCUCCCCAGCACAGGACUCGCCCUCCUCCCCCAUCUACGCCUCCGUGUCCCCUGCCAAGCCCGGCUCCAGGGGGCCACUGGACGCCCACCUGGCCCUGGUCAACCAGCACCCCAUCGGCCCCUUCCCGAGAGUCCAGUCCCCCCCACACCUGAAAGGCGCCCCCACAGAGGCCGUGCUGGCGGGGGCCUGCCUUCCGCCAACCUCACCCUCCGGCCGGCCCGACCCGACGGGCACCAACCAGCACUUUGUCCUGGUGGAGGUGCACCGGCCGGACAGCGAGCCCGACGUGAACGAAGUCAGGGCGCUGCCCCAGACGCGCGCAGCCUCCACGCUCUCCCAGCUCUCGGACAGUGGGCAGACCCUUAGCGAGGACAGUGGUGUGGAUGCCGGCGAGGCAGAGGCCAGCGGCCCAGGCCGAGGCAGGCAGAUGGCAUCCACCAAGAGCAGGAGUGGCAAGGAGCCACCUGGGAGCGAGAGGACCACAGAGGGGGCCACCAAACCGCCUGGACUCCUGGAGCCGACGUCCACCCUGGUCCGUGUGAAGAAAAGCGCCGCCACCCUGGGCAUCGCCAUCGAGGGUGGCGCCAACACCCGCCAGCCCCUGCCGAGGAUCGUCACCAUUCAGCGAGGUGGCUCGGCCCACAACUGUGGGCAGCUGAAGGUGGGCCACGUGAUCCUGGAAGUGAAUGGGGUGACGCUUCGGGGCAAGGAGCACCGGGAGGCCGCGCGCCUCAUUGCGGAGGCCUUCAAGACCAAGGACCGUGACUACAUCGACUUUCUGGUCACCGAGUUCAAUGUGAUGCUCUAGGGCCCGAGGCCCGCGGGCUCCCACGGCAGCCCGGCCCCUGGCCCCGGUCCCUCCUCCCGGCACAUCAAGCUCCAUGAGGGCCCGGGGCUGCAUGGCCAGGGUGGCAGGAAGACAUCCCCCCAACUCCUUCUGGGCCCGCUGGACCAGGAGAACCGGGAGACGAGAGCGGGGCAGGCAGAUGAGGUCAGGUCGGGCACUGGGGCCGUGCCCGGUACACAGCAGGUGCUCCAUACAAGCGUGGGGUUCCAGACGGGGAGAAGGGUGGGGACAGGUGGGGCACCUGUGUCCUGACACGUCCACCGGAGGCGUGCCAGGGCCUGUUACUCCGGGUUGGAUGUGGGGCUGCUGCCCCCCGGCCAGCCAGGACCCGGUCCAUCCCAGAUGCUGGAGCCUUUGUCUGGAGGGAGUCACGCGAGAAUUCGUGCACACAGCCCCCAGCGGGGGGCAUCUUGCAGGACCGUUAGUGCCACAAAUAAGCACCGAGCACCCCCCGUUCACACCCCUACUCCUCCCAGCUCCUCAUCCCCCGUGGUAUUUAUUAUUUAUUUCCCUCUCCACCCCCCUGGGGACCCCAGCUUCCCACUGCACCCCCAGCCUACCCCAGAGGCCUUGCAGGUGACCGGCGGCGUCAGUGUAUUUAUAUACAGAGCUUAUGACUUUAAUUUUUCAAUAAAGAG